GCUACACAUUUCCAAAGGGAGAGGGAUUAACAAAACAUAUCUCUCUCCUCUGCACCAUUUAUAUUUGCAUUUAAUUUUUUAAUUCCUCCUAUUCAUUACGGUGCUAUUUAUUUUUCGUAAUUAUUGCAAUUAUGUGAUCAAUAAAUGAUUCUAGCCGAAAUUUGAGGUGGGGCUAUUCUAGUUUCUUGAAAUUCUGCAUUUGUUUGGGAAAUAACUAGCCAAGAAAAAACAAUGAGUUGCUUUUCUUGCAUGAGCCCUCGUCCUAAGAAUGUUAAAGAUUAUGAUGAAGACAUGGUCCCACGAUCCAGCAGUUCUGCAGUGCACUUGAGAGGGGAAUCUAAUGAUUCUGGAAGUGGAAACGGGAGAAAGGAAGGUUCUUCGAAAGGUAAAGGAAGUGGGGAAUAUAACAAUCAGAACAGCAAUGUUGCUCGCAGUUUCGCAUUCAAGGAACUAGCCAUGGCAACUCAGAAUUUUAGGGAAACUAAUCUUAUUGGCGAAGGCGGCUUUGGAAGCGUCUAUAAAGGCUGCCUAGAUUCAGGCCUGAUUGUCGCGAUCAAACAACUUAAUCUCGAAGGCCUUCAAGGGAACCAAGAAUUUGUUGUGGAGGUCCUGAUGUUGAGUUUAAUGCAUCAUGAAAAUCUUGUCAACCUGAUCGGCUACUGCACUCAUGGAGAGCAAAGGCUUUUGGUUUACGAGUUCAUGCCUAUGGGCAGCUUGGAAAACCAUCUUUUUGAUUUAGAACCAGGAAUGGAGCCACUGAGUUGGAAGACAAGACUAAAGAUUGCUGCAGGCGCAGCUCGUGGACUCGAGUAUCUACACAAAGCAAAUCCACCCGUCAUUUACCGUGACUUGAAAUCUUCAAAUAUAUUAUUGGACAAUGAAUUCAAUCCAAAGCUGUCGGAUUUUGGACUUGCAAAGUUGGGACCUGUAGGUGACAAUACUCAUGUUUCAACAAGAGUGAUGGGAACCUAUGGAUAUUGCGCCCCCGAGUAUGCUAUGACUGGAAAGUUGACUUUGAAAUCGGACAUUUAUAGCUUGGGUGUUGUUCUAUUGGAACUGAUAACAGGACGAAAGGCUUAUGACACCUCUAAGAAGCCUGGAGAACAGAACCUUGUUGUUUGGUCUAGUCCUUUCCUUAAGGACCGGAGGAAGUAUGUUCAUAUGGUAGACCCGGCGUUGGAUGGUCAGUUCUCUUCUCGCUGUUUGCACCAUGCAGUUGCUGUAACUGCAAUGUGUCUUCAGGAACAAGCAAAUUUUCGCCCCAGUAUCAGCGAUAUUGUUACCGCACUUGACUAUCUUGUCUCUCAAGCACAGAACUCAGGUACACAUAGAGGUGGUUCGCACUCGAGCAGGCAACAAACGCCUCAAUCAUCAGAAGAGUUUAAUGGCAGUUCACGAAAGCGAAGCUUUGAGAACAUGGCUGUUACAUUUUAAAUUUUCUUCUGAUUAAACUGCUAGAUUUUUAGAUGUUGAAAAUGGAGGUGCAUUUUAUGUUUGGACGUUACAACAGAGGAGGUCAUUUCAGCUUUUGAUUAUGAGAUGACGUUUCGUUGAAUCAAGAAGAACUUCAAUGGAUUCGCAAAAAAGGUGUAGAAUUGCUCUUUCCCCUGUACUUUGGCUGCUUGUAACCUCAGUCAGGGAACCAUUGAUUGUUUCGAGUAUGUAUUUGGUCUAUAUGAAAAAAAUAAAAACAAAAAAAGAUGUAUAUUAGCAGCGGGAUGUAUAUACCCAUACUUCUUAUAAUUUCACGCAUAUCGUCGUGAUCAUAUACGAUAAUAUGAACAAAAACGAAGACUUGUUGA